AUGUCCUACCAGCAGAACCAGAAGCAGUGCCAGCCUCCUCCCAAGUGCCCCUCCCCCAAGUGCCCCCCAAAGAGCACAGCACAGUGUCUGCCUGCAGCCUCCUCCUGCUGUGCUACAAGCUCUGGGGGCUGCAGUGUCCCCAGCUCUGAGGGAGGCUGCUUCCUGAGCCACCACAGGCGCAGGUCCCACAGAUGCAGGCGCAGGAGCUCCAGUUCCUGUGACCGUGGCAGCUCCUGUGACCGUGGCAGCUCCUGUGACCGUGGCAGUGGCCAAAAGUCUGGGGGCUCAGGCUGUGGCCACAGCUCUGGGGGCUGCUGCUGA